AUGCGACGCGAAGGAAUGCCGCGCAUUGGACGGAUGCACCGAAAAGUGGAGAGUUCCCUCUCGUGCUUGCCUUCCGACCCACCUCCCCAUCAAGCAGCCGUUACCAGGCCAUCGGAACUGACGCAUCGCAAGGCGCAGUCGUCGUCAUCAUCAUCGAAAAAUUCCCUCGCCAACGAUUGGACCUCGCUCGACCACACCAUCGCUGCCGAUAUUGCGAGAAGCCAUCAGUCAAUCAAACCCCAGCAAACGUCGGAGUGGAGAGCAGCGUACCAGCUUUCUACCACACCGACCACGCACACGUUGCCCAUCAUUUUCGACUCCCUCAAGCGAAGUGUGGGGCUGACGCCUUCCGUCUCUUUCCAGCGGGUUCCCAGCGCGAGCUCCACCACUGGAAAGGCCCAGGGCGUCGGCGGCAGCACCAACACUGACACGGCUACCUCUGGCAGCACUAAUACCGCUGGCACUGGGGCUGGCCUCCGCCGCACGGCCUCUGGCACUUUCAAAGCCCAUCUUGCCGCUGCAAGUGCCAAGCUGACCGCAUCCAAAAGUGCACCGGCCAUCGCCACUUUGCUUGCCUCCGCCAUGACCGGGCGCCAGCCAGCCGACGCCACGGGCACUGACUCACUUGAUCAGAGCUGUCAAAAUGGUUUAGAACACGUUGCUGAAGAGCACACAUACGGCAUACUUGUCCUGGAAGAUAAAAAAGGCCGCGAAAAGGAACGGUUCCCGAUGAAUCGCAAUGUCAUCUCCAUGGGCAGGUGCGUAGCGAUGGAGAAUGACGUGCGAUUCCUCAAGAGCGAGAUCUCACGCGUGCACUGUCGCAUCAUUUUCGAUGACAAUACAGGCGAGGCAUCGAUCGAAGUCCUUGGCUCGAACGGCAUCGAUCUCAACGGCAUCCAUGAGGCACCCUCGGCGUUUCCAGGGUCGAAUCUCAUUCCUCUAUGCGAAGGUGACCUCCUCUUGAUUGCGAAACGGUUCUUCCGCAUGCGCUAUCCGGGCGGCACAUUUGCGCCUCUCCCCAAGCAGCCUGUCCGAGCUGAUCCUAUCAUCGACAGCCCCGCCAACGCUGGUCCUGCAAGAAAGGGCCGCAGCAGCAACGUAGGGGCAGGAACACCGGCACGCAGGCGCGUCCGCAUGUCUCUCGUGGCUGCUGCAGAGGUGUACAGCCCAGUACCUGCACUCCCAACAAAAACGGGCCUGUUCGCCGCAACGGAACGCCUGAAUGGCGCUGAAGCGGAGCAGUCUAUCCGCCUUAUUUCGCCCUCCGCAUCUUCAUCCAAGGCGUCCACACCACGCAAAUCCGCGCUGGCGAGUCCUGCGAAGCGUGGUACACUCAACCCAGGAAAACGCGCAAGCUUCGCUGCUAACCUCGAGAUGGGCCCGACACCUUGUGGUAUCGAUGUGUUGGGCCUCGUCAGCCCAAUGCGUGUUCUUUCUGCCCAAGAGCUCGGCGCCGAAUGCUACCUGAAGAACCCGAGCCUCUUCGAUGGUGCAGACCAAGGAACCCAUGACGAAGAGGACGAAGAUGUUGUGCUCCUUGAAGAGGUCGAGGAAGAGAGCGAGGGAGAAGCAGACGAUGACGAGGCCUCUGUGGAGGGGGGCGAAAACAUCGUCGCAGAUGCCGAAGUUGAUAUUGAUCAGCAAGCCGAAGCCGAAAGGGAAGCGGAAAGCGACAAUCAGAACAUGAAUCCAAACGUUACUGAAGUGCUAGCGCAAACACCAGCAACCCCUCUGUCCAUGCCUUCCAUCUCUCCGCGCAAAUCCAACCGUAAAGUUUCAUUGCGCACCGAAGCGCUCUUGCGCGCUAGCAGUGCCGCGUACCGCCGCAUGUCAGUCGACCCAACGAACGUUCCUCUGCCUGCGAGUGCGCCAGGCACGCCGGUCGCGCUUGCGGUUGCUGAUCAAGGACAAGCGCUAGUUCGGGAUGACUCAGACGACGAGGAAGAGGUUGACCGCAGCUUGAGCCUCAUCACCUCGCCCUCUCGUCCCAUCAACGAAGAACGACAGGAGCAACAACAGCGGGAUGAUGCUUCAGCGAACGUGCAGGCCACAACGCCUGCGAAGCAGCGAAAGCCGCUCGGGACGUCAUUUAUGACGCCGCAGCCUGCCAAAACAACUGGCUUCGCCUCACGUUCUCGCGCUCGCAUGUCGCUCGGUGACUUCCGUGACAGUCCACGCACCGCUGGCGGUGCCGCUAAGGGAAGUCGCAGCCUCGUCACGAGCUUUAGCUUCACAUGCGGAGCGCAGCAGACGCUCGAGAAGGCCACGGAAGAGGAGAAGACUGUUCUUCACCAGCUUCUCACGGACCGCCUAAUGUUGCUUGAAGAGGAGGAGGAGGCUGCACUCAUUGAAGAGGAGAACAAGGACAAGCAGCGUGGGCAACCUGACGCUCAUAUUGACGUCGGUGAGGGCUCCAUUGUCGAACUCACGCCCGAAUCAGCACCAGCUCCUGCUACAUCAGACAACGACGCCAUCGUUGUGGAAGAGAGCAAGCAACCAGUAGUGGCAACCUCUGAUCCUGCAACGGAACAACUGAAAAAGCGCGGACGCAUCUCGAAUGCUCAGAAAGCCAAGGAUGUAACUGUCGAGGUCGAAGAAUUCGCAAAGCCCAGCGAUGUCGUUGAUGGCGAGCACGUAGCCGCCCCCCAUUGCCUUGCAGGCGAGACCCCCAUCCAAAAGGAGACAACGGAGCGAGAGGACAUCAACGAUAUGGACGCCGCAUCUGACGGGCGCGACGUUAUGUUGGAUCCGGUCAGCCUACCACAAGAGCCAUUGGCAGAGAAGCCAGCUGCAUCGACAGCCAAGAGAGCCCCAGCCCGAACACCCCGGGCUAAGAAGAGCAAGGCGACCGCUCAGCAUGACGAGCAAGACACCGCCGCCUCGUCUACUUCUCACCCUGAGACUGCUACUGAAAAGCUUGCGCCAAAGAAAUCGCUGCGAGGUGGGCGUCAUGUGGUAAAAAAGACAGAUGAGGCUGAAGUGCCAGGGGAGGUAGCAGUUGACGCGGCGACGGCAAACACCGAAGGGAAGAAGACGGCAAGGGGCCGCAAAGCCGCCAAGGCGGCUGCGAUAGUAGACGACGACGCGCCCGGCGAGGCAAACGAACCUGAGGGUGCUGCCGGUGCUGCUCAAGGACAGGGAGCUGUGCCAGGGGAGCAGGCCGAGGUACCCGAAGCAGCCAAUGCCGUUCCCGUGCAGACAGAGGCAAAGACUCGUAAGACUCGUAAGCAGCCGGAGGCUGACGCGCAGGAAGCAGCGCCGAAGACUGCCACUCGUCGUGGUCGAAAGGCAACGAAAGAGGUGGAAGCCGUGGCUAAAGCUGAGCCUGCAGCUGAAGAACAACCUGAACAGCAACAGGAAGAGCAGGUACAGGAAGUGGAGAUUGCAGCUGAAACAGCAGCUCCUAAACGUGGACGGGGGAAAGCAGUGACGUCCAAGGCCAAGAAGAACGCGGCACCGCUCGCUGACAAUUCUGAAAACGUGGUCCCCAGCUCGGAUGCCGCACAGGCCGACAACGAGGCGAGCUCGCCCAUGGCGCCAUCGAAGAAAGCGCCGCGCGGCGCGGCACGCAAGCCGGCUGUACGCACGGCCGCAAAGAAGGCUGCGGCCACCAUCACCGAAGUGGUCGUCGGCGGUGAUGCCAAAGCAGCCAAAGCUCGUGUCACCGAGGAUGCCCCCUCAUCAGAUGCUGUCGACAUCGAGAACAUGCCGAUGCGCACGCGCGUUACUCGUAGCACUCGCAGUCGGAGAGCCUGAUGCAAACCGAUCUAGCUCGUUGGAACCUUCGCCUUCUUCUGUAUCAUUCUUUUGCUCUAAUUUCGAUUGGAUCUAUACUUGU